AUGCGUAUAUUUCUCAAAUUACCCAAAGAAGUAUUAUCAUUAAUCAUUAGUCACAUCGAGGAUCUGUCAAUCAUUGAAAGCUUAAUAUUCAUUCCAGGUUUACAACAUAUUGCACUCGAGCAAAAAUAUUCAAAUUUUGAAAUAAACAGUAACAAUAAGUCAAUUGAAAAGUUAGUAUCGCUUUUUCAAAAAUAUCAAUUUAUACCUUCAAAUAUAAUUGGAGAUUUAAAUCAAAUCAAUCAAUUGUCAGAUGAACCUGCAUUUAGAUUAGCCAAUUAUGAAUUAAAGAUCUUACGGAAUACUAAAUUCAGUGAUUUUGUAUCAAUUUUAAAUAAAUUUUAUGUUAUAGGUAUACAUUUGGAUCAAUAUUUGGAACCUUUUGUUGGAUUUUUCGAAAUAUUUAAAAAGAAUGAAGUUCAGUCAUUUUUGAAUUAUGUUGGAAGUAUGAAUAUACAAUCCUUAACUACAUCUUAUUUGAGUCUGUUUAAAAUUCAAUUUCCAAAAUCUUUAAAAGAACUAACAAUAAACGGAGGUGUAUAUUUUGAAUUAGAUUUACGUGAUUUACAUUACCUUGAAUCCUUUAAUUGCAAAAAUCUUGAUUACAUGAGCUCAUUAGAAAAUUUCCAACUUCCAAUAUCUAUCAAAAAUUUAAGACUUUAUUCUUGCGAUUUCAAAAGUCUAGGUAAUUUAAUUCAGUAUAACAAAUUAAAAUUACUUCAUAUAUCUUAUUGUCCUGAAAUCUUUGAUAUUGUUCAUACUGAGUUUCCAAAUUCUUUGAUAUUUUUGAAUUUUGUUAGCAAUUUCAUGAGUGAUAGAGUAGAUGAAUCGGAUGAAGAAGAGUUACUUGACCAAGCAUCGGAUGACGAUUUGCGGGUCCGUAUCGACGGUGACCUAUUAUUUCCAUCAAAUUUGAAAAAAUUAAGAAUUUACGAUACUAUGCAAACUUUAAAAAUAGGAGCCAUUAAUUUUUCAGAUUCACUCAAUUGUUUAGAGCUAAAAAGUAUUGGAGAAAUUGAUUUAAAAUUGGUUCUAGAUAAUUUACCAAGGAAGAUGUUUGAAAUCAUUAUUGAGGAUUGUCUAAUUUUGUAUGUAGAAUACGAAGUUUUAUUUCCUGAGCUGAAGCAGAUCAAGUUUUCACGUAAUAAAGUGUAUUAUCAUAAUUUGCAGUCAAAUUUAAAUCAAUUGGAACUGUUGAAAGAAUUGGAUGUAUCCGAUAACUUUAACCCAGAGUUUGAUGAUGUCGACCCACUUGAUCCGCUUGAUAUUUUAACUCACAUGAAUAUAUCUCCAGUGGAAAGAGUAUGUUUCAAAACACCCCAGUUACAAAGUCUAAUCCUAAAAAGUCCCAAGACACCAUCAAUCGGUGUUUGUGAAUUUCCGUCUGAAGUGUUAUUUAAUUGUAAAAAUUUGACCAAGAUAAACAUGAUAAAUUUAAAUAUAAACUUUUUGAACUUUAAUGAAUUUCCCAAUUCAUUGAAGGAAUUGGUAAUCAAGAAUUCAGGAUUACAAGAAAUUCAUGGCUAUUUUUCCAAAUUGGAUGAAUUAAAGAUUUUAGAUUUACAAAAUAAUGAAAUUACUUUUUCAAUGUUGGAACAUCAGAUUUUUCCAUCAAGUUUAAAUUAUAUAAAUUUAUCGAACAAUAAAAUUGAAGAUUUAAGUUGUUUAGAUUUAGAAAAUUGUGUACAUUUAAAAGAGUUGAUUUUGAAAGAAGUAACUGCGAAAGAUGAACCCGAAGGUGCUAUUGAUUUGAUGCAAUUAUUUUCAGACCGUGGUGCUGAUGCCAAAGCUAAUGCAAUAUUGACAAAUUAUGAUUCAAAAGUUAUUUUCAAAUUUGUUAAUGGAGUUGAAGAAGAAUCAAUUUUAAAAUCUGUGCAUAAAAGAAGAAAAAUUUUUUAA